UCAUUUGUCAUUUGAAGAGAGGGGCUGCUUUUACGAAAAUCGUCGAAAUUAGUAAUUAAUCAACAAAUUGUGGCCUAAUAAUGGCUUCUGUAGCUUUGACAGGCCAUUUUGCAAAUAAGCUCAUACCCAAAAGUGGGUCCCUGAGUGUUGUUUACAUCAAGUCAUCGGCAUACAGCACGGACCCGAGGCCCAACCUUGCAGCGUACAAGCGCGGCACGGGCGGCCGCAGCAGCUUCAAUGGUAUCGUCGCCACCAUCUUCGGCGCCACGGGAUUUGUGGGCCGCUAUGUCGUCAAUAAAUUGGGAAAAAUCGGCACACAGAUGAUUAUACCCUACCGCAGCGACUUCUAUGAUGCUCAACGUCUAAAAGUCGCUGGUGAUUUGGGACAAGUGUUGUUCACCCCCUUCGACCUUCGCGACGAGGAGUCCAUUGCUAAGGCAGUGAGACAUUCUAAUGUAGUUAUCAACUUGGUGGGCCGGGACUAUGAAACUAAAAACUUCAAAUUUAAGGAUGUGCAUGUAGAUGGAGCUCGCCGUCUGGCAAGGAUCUCCCGAGAGAUGGGAGUGGAGCGCUUCAUCCACCUGAACUACUUGAACGCCGAUGAGCACCCAAAGCCGCUGGUGCUCCGCAAGCCUUCCAUGUACAAAGUCAGCAAGUACUAUGGAGAGUGCGCGGUGCGAGAGGAGUUCCCCACGGCCACCAUCAUCCGCGCCUCCGACAUCUACGGCUCUGAGGACAGGUUUAUUAGGUACUUCGCGGGCCCGUGGCGCAUCCACGGCACGUACCUGACGCUGUACCGCGCGGGCCUGGAGACGGUGAAGGCGCCCGUGUUCGUGUCGGACGUGGCGCAGGGCAUCGUCAACGCGGCGAGAGACUGCGACACCAGGUGCCAGGUCUACCAGGCCGUCGGACCAAAACGCUACCUGCUAUCGGACCUGGUGGACUGGUUCUACGCGCUGAUGCGCAAGGACGAGAAGUGGGGCUACCGGCGCCUCGACAUGAAGUACGACCCCGUGCUCGGCGUGAAGGUCGCGCUCAUCAACCUGCUGUCCCCCGGCUACCCCUUCGGCAACGUCACCUGGGAGGCCAUCGAAAAGGAAUCCACUACAGACGUUGUCGACCCAAACCUUCCAACGCUGCUAGACCUUGGAGUGAACCUGACCGAGAUGGAAAACCAAGCCCCCUGGGAACUGAAGCCCUUCCGCGCCUACCAGUACUACAACGACAAGAUCGGAGAGUUCGCCAAACCAGAGAACCCGAAAGUACAACAAUGUUAGGUAAUUCCAAAUAGAAUCAACAAAUAAAUCAAGUCGAGACAUCAUAUUCUUUGUAGUUAUAUGUUCAACUUUUAAUAAAUUAUGUUUGUUUUUA